CUCAAAAUAUUUAGCAACUAAUAAGAGGGCUUUGUUUAUUUUUAUGGUGGUUGACAUACUUUCUUGAUUUCUUAUUUUCAAUGUUGGAUUUUAUUUCUAGAGAGACAAUCAAAAUGGGGAAAGGGAUAGAAACAAAUUAAAAGUUUGCAUUAAUAAUUAAUAUGUUUUCAUUUAAUCGAAAUGAAUAAGAAGUUUUUAAAAAAAUAACAAUUAUUGCUCUGUCAAGUUUAUAUUAAGACAUUUUGCUAUAUAAUUUAUACUUGUUUUAUUUGAUAGGUAUAUACAUAAGAAAGAAGUGAGUGUUUGAUAGCAAAAAACAUAUAGUCAUAUCGUUCAUUUCUCAAAGUCGAUUGAUUGUCAAACGUUUAUUUUCUCAUAGAUUAUCGUUUAUAUUUUGUAUUGAAAAAUAUUAAUAUUUAUGUGUGUGCUUGUUUUUUUUCCAUCAAAAUGUAACUUAAUAUUAAGUUUUAGUAAAAAUGAGUAGAAAAUUUACUUAAUCAGAUUUAAUCAGCUUGGGUUAAACAAAUAUAAUAUAUGUCACUCUCUGUUUCCAUCUUUAUAGUUUGUUUAAUCGAAUUUUUUUUUAUUACUUAGGUGUGUGUUUUUUGUUUAAAUGUUUCCUAAAAAAUUAACCUAUUUUAAUUUUAGUAAAAAUGAGUAGAAUUAUUAAAAGAAGAGAGAGACAACUUCAUAAAUAGAUCAAUAAAUAGUUUUUUGUUUGAAAAAAAUUGUCCACAUUGGCAACUUGUGCAGUUGUGCAUUCAACAAGUGCUUAUGUGGCAAGAAAUUAUUUUUGAAUAGCCAUAAUAUUUAGUAUAGAUGAUUCGAUACUUUAUAAUUUGAAAUACUAAAAUAAAUUAAGCAGUAGUUAAACAUCAUGAAUAGCUCCACAUCUUCUCAAGUCCUCAAUCAUCCUCAGAUUCCUCUUCAUUGGAAGUGCUUUGCCCCUCAUCCUCCUUUCUACCAUGAAGAAAACCACAAAUCGCAAGACCCUUUCCUCUUGGCCAUUGAUUCCAGCUCCAACCUAUAUGGCCCAAUCUAGUCUAUUUAAACAUAUAAUCAUGGAUAUGUCUAUGAGUAUAAUAGCCAUAUUGAUUCCAAUACAUAUUAUUUGUUUCUAAAGUAUUCGGUGUAUUCAACAACGAUCAGACUUCGCUCGAGCUGUUAAAUACAAAUUCUGAAAGAUCUAGACAUUUUCAUCAAAACUACAAAAGUUUGGGUAUUUAAAUGUACUUUUCUUUUUUCCUAAAACUACCGAUCCGUAUUAAUUCCCGUUGAAGCUCUCUCCGGCACCUGCCCUGAGACACGGUCGUUCCCUCGUUUGUCUCUCCCCCUGCAAAUCUCUUGGUCUCCUUCCUUCCAAUUCUCUGUGUUUUCUAAUUACAACUUCCCCAAACUUCUCGCUCCCUUCCAUGGAGGAAACCAUAGCCAUCACUCCUUCUCCACUCCCAAUCUCCCAUAUUACUACUACUACUACUACUUCUUCUUCUACACUCACACUCUCACCCACCAAACAAUUCCCGUUUCCCACCGCCACCGCAAUCUCACUCUGUACAAUCGUCACCAUGGCUGAGCCGACUCUGGGCCGCCACCUCGCCCGCCGCCUCGUCCAAAUCGGCAUCACCGACGUCUUCUCCGUCCCCGGCGACUUCAACCUCACCCUCCUCGACCACCUCAUCGCCGACCCAAACCUCAACCUGAUCGGCUGCUGCAACGAGCUCAACGCCGGGUACGCCGCCGACGGCUACGCCCGGUCCCGCGGCGUCUCCGCCUGCGUCGUCACGUUCACCGUCGGCGGGCUCAGCGUCAUCAACGCCAUCGCCGGUGCCUACUCCCGCAACCUCCCGGUAAUAUGCAUCGUCGGCGGACCCAAUUCGAACGACUACGGGACCAAUCGCAUCCUCCACCACACAAUCGGACUCCCAGACUUCACCCAGGAGCUCCGCUGCUUUACGGCCGUCACCGCCUUCCAGGCCGUGGUCAACAACCUGGACGACGCCCACGAGCUGAUCGACAGAGCGAUCUCCACCGCGUUGAAGGAGAGGAAGCCCGUUUACAUCAGCGUCGGAUGUAACCUCCCGGCGAUUCCUCACGCCAGCUUCGUCGGCGAUGAGCCCGUCCCGUUCUCGCUCGUACCCAAAACCAGCAAUCCGAUGGGACUAGAGGCUGCCGUGGAAGCCGCGGCUGAGCUCUUGAAUUCCGCCGCGAAACCCGUCCUGAUCGCUGGCCCGAAACUCAGAUUGGCAGAUGCACGCCAGGUGUUUGUCGAAUUGUCUGACUCGUGUGGCUACGCAGUUGGGGUAAUCCCAUCGGGCAAAGGCUUGGUCCCCGAGGACCAUCCGCAUUUCGUCCCCACGGGGAGCGAAAUCGUCCAGUCCACCGCCGACGGUUACCUCUUCGUCGGCGUCCCUGUUUACAACGACUUGCUGGUCGCCAAGAGAGAGAAGUCCGUCGUUGUCCAGCCAGGGAGAGUCGCCAUCGGCAACGGAGCAGCAUUUGGGUGCGUCGUGAUGAAGGAGUUCCUCAAAGCUCUUGCAGAGAAGCUCACACCCAACUCCGCCGCUCACGAAGACUACCUCACCAACAGCAAUAACCCCAACGAGGAAGAAGGAGCAGAGCAGCCUCAAGACCAUGUGAAGGCGAGUGUCCUGUUCAAGCACGUGGAGAAGAUGAUGAUGUCGAGCGAAAGCGCUGUAAUUGCAGAGACAGGGGAAUGGUGGGUUAGGUCGCAGAAGCUGAAACUGCCCAAUGGGUGUGGGUACGAGUACGGAUCUUCGAUGGGUUGGUCGUGCGGAGCCAGCCUGGGGUACGCUCAGGCGACGUCGCCGGCGGGGAAACGGGUGAUCUGCUGUGUUGCUGACCGGAGCUUUCAGGUGACAUUUCAAGACGUUUCGACGAUGAUGAGAUGGGGCCAUAAGAGCGUGUUCUUCCUGGUGAGGAUGGACGACGGCAAGGGUUGUAAGAGGUGGGACUAUGCAGGGGUUGUUGACGCCAUACAUAAUGGGGAAGGAGAGUGCUGGACGGCGAAGGUGAGGUGUGAAGAGGAGCUAAUUGGGGCGAUUGAGACUGUCAUGGGGGAGAAGAAGGAUUGCUUGUGUUUCGUGGAGGUUGUUGUUGGUUAGGGAUGAAUGAUGGAUUGGUGGUAGGACGGGAGAAGCUGCAGAGUAGAGAACUAUGGCUGCAAAUGUCUUUUCUGUUUCUAAAAAUGGUUUUGGGUUUUUUACUUCAGUUGGCAAAUUCGUCUGAAGAGGGAAACAAAAUGCUCAUGGAAGCCAUAAAAGAGAAAAUUGUAAUCGAAGUGAGCUCACUGCUGAUUUAGGGCACCUUGAAUAAGAUCACUAUAACAUUUGCUAAAAAAUGCACCCUAAACAAUAAUAUAUCACAACCAUCUCUCGCUCAUCAUUUGAUAUAUCAUCUAAUAUUUUAAAAGCGAUGAUCAAUUAGAAAUAGUUCUACUCUCAGGAUAAUAUGACUCAAUUAGCAUGAUCAAUAUUUAUAUGAGUACUGGGUUAAAUUCAUAUGGACUCAUAUGUACUUUUUAAUGGUUUUGAAUUGUGUUUAAUUGGGAUAAAUUCAUUUGGUCUGAAUCAAAUGAAUCUAUUUGUGUUCAUAGGAUUGUACAUACAAAAAACAAUAUUGAUCAUCUCAUUAACUACCUCCAAUCCAAUUACACAAUUAGUGUUUGUGUUUCACCUUUCUAUUUGUUUUAUAACAAAAAUGGGUUAAUUGCAUGGUUGGUCACUAAGAUUAUAAAAAACGUGAACCGUUUCAGUAAACUGAAGUACCAUCAAUGGAUACGGCGCCGGCGGUGGAUGACAAGCUUCUGGGUUUGGCGGCCGCGCAGGAGCCGAGUAGUGCGGCGUCCUUGUUGGUUUGGCCGCGCCGAGGGGGAGUGGAAAUACCGUGAAACAUAAUGCCGCCAUUGUUAAUGUUGUGCCGACGAGUUGGGAGAAAGAGAGAGAGAUAAGAGGUGUGGAUGGAUGGAUAGGUAGAGAGAGAGAAAGCUAUGAAGGAGGAACGAGGGAGUAAUGCGGUGGGGGUGGGCAGGCUAGGGAUUAGGGGUUUCGGAGGAGAGGACUUCCUUGAAGGUUUCCUCGUUGCAGUCCGGCGACAGAGCUCUGCUUUCAGCGGUUGUCGUUUUUCGAGAAAGUCAUAACAACUUGAGAAAUUUGUAGAAAAUAAAUUAGGUUUUGUAUUUUAUUUUUUAAUGAAUGUAAAAAUGAGGUGGAAAAUAUAAAAAUUAAUUUUAUUUUUAAUAAUUUUUUAGUUGUCACGUCACUAAGUUAACGGUCAACUUUGAGAGUUGACUGCCACAUCAGCAAAAGUUAACGGAGUUGGACAGAGAGUGACCAAACAUAAACCGUUUCAGUAAACUGAAGUACCACCAAUGGAUUUAAAUAUUUUGAGUAACCAAACUUGAACGUUUUUUGUAAUCUCACUGACCAACCAUGCAAUUAACCCUAACAAAAAUUGUAUUAGAAUUAGGUAUUCACUUUCUUGAGUAACCAAUACAUAUGUGUAAUUUGGAGUUAAACUAAAAAGUUGAUUAUGGUCUUCUUCAAAACAAAAUUGCCCAAAUCUAAUCUGAGCGGUAUUAAGAUGAGUUUAGAUAGAUAGUCAAAUAUGGAUAUUUUUUUUGUCAUCCCUGAUGAGAAUUUAGUGGAUUAGUCCAUCCAGGAAAGCUAGAAAGGGUGACCAAAAGCAAUCAACUAACCAACAAAAUCAAACUCCUAUUUUGUGGACUUUAUGUCACAAAUGCGCAAGUAAACCAAGCACUUGAUGGUUAACUUUUGAUUCGAGGUAUGAGAAAUCUUUAGCAGGUUGUUUGCUUAGAAUUUCAACAAACCUACCUUGGAACAUGUUAUCUGAUUCGUAUAAAUAGGUAGAAACAUAUGCUUUAAAGUGCGAUUUUGACUGCUAUGGUUACAGGCAGAGGCUGCUACUGCUGAUCUAGGAGUGCAGUUAGCCUGGCAGUUGCAGCUCGAACGACCAAUCCUAGAGUCCGACAGCCAAGUGCUGAUGCAGAAGGCGGAACAGGUGUGAACGGAGGAGGGCGCGUUAUGCAGAAAUAUUCGCAAGAAACUCUCGGAGAUGGACGAAACUGGAUGGAAGCACAUCUACAGUGAAGCAAACAAGGCAGCCCACAUCAUGGCUCAUUCGAAAACUAGAUGGGAUGAGAGUAUUGUUUGGAUGGACAGACCGCCGGUUUUUCUUGUUGAUCAACUGAUGUUGGAUGAUGUAACGACAAACGCUGAUAAAUAAAACUCUAGCGGGUUCCGAUAAAAAAAGAGAGUAUGGAUGAACUAUUUAGUAGUUUAGCAAUUCAAGCUUUUAUUUUUUGAUGAUGUUGAAUAUUUACUUUUAAUACUGAUUGGUAUAAAUGAAUUCCAUAAGUUUUU